CUGCAACUCUGCCAAUCUUGGACUCUCUAUAAAAAUAGCUCUUUCCCUUGCCCCAGGAUGCUCUCUUGUUGUCAGUUGUUGCAAACCCAUUUAUCCAGAGAUGCUGGUUCUGUCUUGAGUAAGAGCUGGCCCCUGCAACUUUGCCAGUGUUCAACUCCCUAUAAAAAGAGCUCUUUCUACCUUUUGUUAGAAGUGAGUACAAGGUCAUUGUCUGGGGAAUCUUGUUCUGCUUUGAGCAAUUCACAACCACUACAUGUCUCACCAACGAUCUAGAAGAGGAACCCUAUCAGAAACUUGCGAAUCUUACAACUGCAUGGUCUUCGGAGCAAUCUCCCCCAUGCUUAUGGAACAUAUGAAACAGAAGGCAGUUGCAUGGUCCCACCAACUUUAGAGGUGCAGCCAGAGGCCAUAGAGUCCGCUUUGCCAGAGUUCAAGCACUCUACUGUGCUAAGUGUUCCACCCGAAGCGAAAGUCAUUCAAUACCAUCUCUGUACCACUCAUGCAUUCCAGAGCUCCAUUGCUCUCUGCCUCCAGUACCGAAAGCCAACAUGGCAGUGACGGAGGCCCAAUAAUGCACUAUACAUCUGCAAGUGCAAGCAAUGCUGUAUUCCUUGGACACCAAAGUGGCCAGAUUUUGCCCACAAGUGAAAAUGCAUCUGCAGCUGAGCUAGGCUUGGAAUACUACAUCAAUAGAGCAAUUGAGCAUGAUCUGAAAAGGUCACUCUGCCCAGUUGUCCAUUUCACCAUUGAUGUCAGGGCCACUGGGCCAAACACAGGCUAUAUGUUUAUCAUGGCACACUGGGCUGCAGACUGUGAUGGAGUUCUGCACAGGUGCCGGGCAAUGAUGGCUAUGUGUGAGGUUGAGCAGAGUAACUUGACUGAAAUCCUGUCCCACAAACUAAGAGAGGUGAAGGACAAAUGGCUCCGUCCCCUGCAGCUGGAGGUGGGGUAUGUGACUACAGCCACAAAGGGAGUGGAAAUGGUAGUGGCAGGUGCUUGUCUCGGAUGCAUUUUUUCCCCCACCCACUACAUAUACCUGCUGUUGAAAGGAGUGAUGGAAAAGGUGAAAAAUGAAGACGUCCACAUAGGACAGCUUUUCCAAGCCCUAUGCAAAAUCAGCAUUCAUUUUGAGCAAUCCCCAGGGGCUCACGACCGCCUACUAGAAAUGCAGUUGCUGUGUGGUCUCCCCCAGGAACUUCUAAAAGAGAAGAUGCCAACGCCAUCAAAUAACCUCUUUCUCUUGAUGCACUUUCUACUUGCCCGGCAGAAUGCAUUCAGUGCUUAUCUGAUGGAGAACCCUGAACUCAACCUGACGUGUCAGCAAUGGAGGCUGCUGCACCAUCUAACCUGCCUCCUGAAGCCAUGUGAAGAUACCAUCACUACAAUCAGGAGGGAACAUGCUAACCUAGGCCAAGUCCUUCAUGAGCUCUGGUUGCUUGAGAGCACGAUAAAAGGAUGCUUCCAGCAGCUGCAGGAAGAGGCCGAUGCUGCUGCUGCUGCUGCUGUUACUCUCUUUGCAACUGAGCUGCUGCAAUCUCUGGAAGGCCAUAGUAUUCUAGCUGUGGUAAGAGAAAACAUUCUGUACCAGACAGCAACCUUGCUUCAUCCAUACUUCAGGGACCACAUCUGCAAAUAUCUGAAGGGAGAUGUGCAUCUGCAAAGAUGGCAAUUGAAAAAGCAGUUGACACAACAGAUUGAGAAGGAAUACUUGAACUUCUCUAGUGCUUACGCAACUUCCUCUCUGACUGAGGUGGCAAGUCAAGAACUGGAAUCCUACCUGCAGGACAACAUAGACCUUGCUCUCUCACAUAUGGAUCCCUUGGUCUACUGGAACACAAGGAAGCACAUGUGGCCAUUUCUUUCUACAGUGGCAUUCCAGUAUUUCUCCUGCCCUCCUGCCCCUGUCUUUUUGGAUGAAGUACUUGCUAUUGAAGAAUGUAUUAUAUCUGGAAGAUUUCAGGAGAGCAUUGCAGUCAACACUAUGAACAGAGACUGGAUUUCUGAAGGAAUCAGGGUCUCCAAUACUAGCACAGACACUGGAAGCCAACCCAUGGCCUGAGGAGAAAAAGAUGCCACCCUUCUUUGCAGAAGUUGAUGUCUGGUAACCAUUCACAAAGUGUUGGGUUCAUGGAAGAACAUGACCCAAUACGACACUGGCAUUAUUGAGACUUUGCAACACAUAAUGCUAAAAACUUUGGCCAUCUUGCAUUGCUGCAUCUUCUAAAAAAUUCUUUGCAUGAAACAGAAUUGGGUUAUUGUAUUAAGAUUCAUGCCACACCCCCUUUUGAAGAUGUAAGGGUGAUUGACAGAUGAAAAACUUGUGCUGUGUUUAAUCAACUGUUUGGAAUGGAUAUGGUCUACUUUAAUAAAGGUUACUGCAAUAUUAA